AUGAGUGAUGGCACGUGGAUCUCGCUGAGCCCCGCUGAGUUUGCCCAGCUCCAGCAGUACACAGACUACUCCAGCAAGAAGCUGAAGGAUGUUCUGGAGGAGUUCCACGGGGAUGGGGUCCUCUCGAGGUACAACCCCGAACAGCCCAUCGACUACGAGGGCUUCUGCCUCUUCAUGAAGACCUACCUGGAGGCUGACGUGCCUGAGGAGCUCUGCCAGCACCUCUUCACUUCCUUCAAGCGCAAGAUCUGCCCAGCCUCCCCCGAGAGCCAGCAGCAGAGCCCUGGAGUGUCCCAGCACAGCAGCCUGGAGCCCAGGUCACUGUGUCAGCAUCUCUGUCAGGCUGGGGUGGCCUGUGCCUGUGUCACAGGGAUCAAUGGGAAAAGCCUCCGCAGUGCUCUGGGACGACACACUCCAGAGCCCAAGGGCAGCUCAGCUGAGCCCCAGCCAGCAUCCCUCACCCUGGCAUCCAUCCCCAAUGCCUCCCCCAGCUGGUCCAGAUCAUCCUCCCAGAAAUCCACCACUGGCACCACCUCUGCUCACAACUCCUCAGGCUCUUCCAAGAUCUCCUCCGUGUCUCUGCUCAACCCUCAGUCACCAGGCACGAGGAGCGUGGAGAAGAGGUUGCCCUUCAGCCUGAGGAAAGGCUCCAGCUCCCUGAAGGCCACCCCUCCUCCUCCUCCCACCCCCGUGGCCCAGGUGGUGCACCUGAAGGACAUUGUCUGCUACCUGUCCCUGCUGGAGAGGGGACGAGCAGAGGACAAGCUGGAGUUUAUGUUUCGCCUCUAUGACACCGAUGGAAAUGGGCUCCUGGACAGCUCGGAGCUGGAUCGUAUCAUCAACCAGAUGGUGCACGUGGCUGAGUACCUGGAGUGGGACUCCACCGAGCUGAAGCCUAUCCUGAAGGCCAUGAUGGAGGAGAUAGACUACAACCACGAUGGCACUGUGACGCUGGAGGAGUGGAUCCGGGGCGGCAUGACCACCAUCCCCUUGCUGGUCCUGCUGGGCAUGGAGACAAAUGUGAAGGACGAUGGGCAGCAUGCCUGGAGGCUGAAGCACUUCAAGAAACCUGCCUACUGCAACUUCUGCCGCACCAUGCUGCUGGGGGUGCGCAAGCAGGGCCUCUGCUGCUCCUUCUGCAAGUACACAGUCCACGAGAGGUGUGUGUCCAAAGACAUUGCUUCCUGCAUCAGCACCUAUGUUAAAUCCAAGAAAAACACAAGUGUGAUGCAGCACACCUGGAUCGAGGGCAACUCACCUGCCAAGUGUGACAGAUGUCACAAGAGCAUCAAGUGCUACCAGGGCAUCACGGGCCUGCACUGUGUCUGGUGCCAGAUCACGCUCCACAACAAGUGUGCCUCCCAUGUGAAGCCAGAGUGUGAUGGGGGCCCGCUGCGGGACCACAUCUUGCUCCCAUCCUACAUCUGCCCAGUCGUCCUGGACAGGCAGUCCCACUGCCGGCGCUCCGAGAGCGACUCCCCUGCCAGCACCAGCCCCGAGGACAGCCAGGCCUUCAAGUUCAACUCCACCACGGUGGAUGGGCAAGGGCUGCAGAUCAGCCCUCAGCCCGGGACACACCCGCUGCUCGUGUUUGUGAACCCCAAGAGUGGAGGAAGGCAAGGGGAGCGGGUGCUCCGGAAGUUUCACUACCUGCUCAACCCACGCCAAGUGUACAACCUGGACCGUGGCGGGCCCACGCCAGGGCUGAACUUCUUUCGGGACACCCCGGAUUUCCGUGUGCUGGCCUGUGGAGGGGAUGGCACUGUGGGAUGGAUCCUGGACUGCAUAGAUAAGGCCAACCUGGUGAAGCACCCGCCGGUGGCCGUGCUGCCCCUGGGGACGGGCAAUGACCUCGCUCGGUGCCUGCGCUGGGGAGGAGGCUAUGAAGGAGGCAACCUGAUGAAGGUGCUGAAGGACAUAGAGCACAGCACAGAGGUGAUGCUGGACCGCUGGCACAUCGACAUCAUUCCCACUGACAGGGAGGCCAACGGGGAUCCUGUCCCAUCCACCAUCAUCAACAACUACUUCUCCAUUGGGGUGGACGCCUCCAUCGCCCACCGCUUCCACAUCAUGAGAGAAAAGCACCCCGAGAAAUUCAACAGCAGGAUGAAGAACAAGCUGUGGUACUUCGAAUUCGGGACCUCAGAGACCUUUGCAGCCACCUGCAAGAAGCUCCAUGACCAUGUUGAGGUUGAGUGUGAUGGGACCCUGCUGGACCUGAGCACCACAUCCCUGGAGGGCAUUGCUGUGCUCAACAUCCCCAGCAUGUACGGGGGCUCCAACCUCUGGGGAGAGACCAAGAAGCAGCGUGGCUACAACAGGCUGGGCAAGAAGGUGCCAGACAAGGUGCCAGGCACGGUGGUCACUGAUGCCAAGGAGCUCAAGUUCUGCGUGCAGGAUCUCAGCGAUCAUCUCCUGGAGGUGGUGGGGCUGGAAGGCGCCAUGGAAAUGGGGCAGAUCUACACGGGGCUGAAGAGCGCGGGGAAGAGGCUGGCCCAGUGCUCCUCCGUCAUCAUCAGGACGUCCAAGCUGCUGCCCAUGCAGGUGGAUGGGGAGCCCUGGAUGCAGCCCUCCUGCACCGUGAAAAUUACCCACAAAAGCCAGGUGCCCAUGCUGCUGGGGCCCCCACAGAAGAGCAGCUUCUUCUUCCUGAAGAGGAGGAACCGAACUCGGGAUUAAAGCAUCACCCAAGGACCCACAGCCUGGAGCAUCCCAGCCACCUGGGGAUUAUUUAUCCUGGGAAGGUCUUGUAGGCUCCUUCCUGAUCACCAGAAGCAUCCUCUCAAGCUGGGAUGGAAGAAGGGGGAGAAGGCAGGCUGGAGCAGUGAGCACAUUUGCUAGAGCAGCACUAGGACUGGGAUUUUAUUUUUUUUUUCCCCUUUAUUUAAAUUCCCUCCAGCCAAGCUGCCAGUGAAUGUGCUCCUGAGGCAGCACUGAGCUCCAUUUAUUUAUUUAUCCUCCUCCUGAAGACCACUUGAUGUCUCACUGCAGUGGCUUUGUCCCCCAGUCCUUGCAAUGGGAGGAAUUAUUUAUUUUUUGAGCCCAGAGGAGCCAUCUCAGGCACUCACCUCUGUGCUGUGGGGUUUGAGAGAGAUGCAAGAGCCAUUGCUGCCAGCCCAGUGAGCCACAGGCUGGGGACAGACAGUGCACAGGGACAAGCCUGGGGUGGAUGGCAGGAGAUUGUGUUUUUACAGGGAAAUGGCAAAAAAAGGGAUUUUGGGGGGAAGCAGCCCCAGCUCUGGGCUUUGUGUUCAUAUUUAUGUAUUUAUUUAGCAAACUUUGGACAAAAAAGGGACUCUAGGGGUCACCUUUAUAGGAGCCCAGACACAGACACCA